CAGAUACACGGAGCUCAUCUUCCUUCUUUACUUAAUGUUGUCCAGUUAACAAAGCAACAAAACGUUUUUCACCCAAAAUUAGGACUUUUAUGUUUUUAUACAAAUGCCGGGUUCACAGAUAUGCUGCUGUGCUCACACUUAGGUGUGAGAAGGGGCCAGCCUUAGAAUAAACAUCACACAAGUGUAACUUCACUCCAGAGAGGAGGAAAGAAACACAUGCUGUGGACCCUCUGAUCACUCCACUCGUUUUUUUUUCUUUCUUCGUUUUGCUCAUAUUUCUGGCACUUCAGCUAGUCACGAUGGAAGCCAAAGGAAAAUAUGAAUUUACUGCAAAAGAUCCAGAUGAGCUCAGCUUCAAAAAAGGAGAUAUACUUAAGAUUUUAGACUUUCAAGAUGAUUGGUGUAAGGCAGAGAUGAAUGGACAGGAAGGAUUUAUACCACAAAAUUAUGUUGAAGUGCAGAUUCCAAGAUGGUAUCAGGCGAAUUCCAGUCGCGGUGCUGCUGAGGAACUCCUGAGACACAAAGGUGUGGGAGAGUUUGUGAUUCGAGGGUCCCAGAGCUCUCCAGGAGAUUUCUCCAUCUCUGUCAAACAUGAGAGUGAUGUUCAGCACUUCAAAGUGAUGAGGGACAACAAAGGCCAGUACUUCCUGUGGUCUGAGAGGUUCACCUCCCUAAACAAGCUGGUGGAGUUCUACAAGACCACCUCCAUCUCUAAGACCAGGGAGAUCUACCUCUACGAUGGCAGCUCAGGCAGCAGGAGCCCCUCGGUGGUCCAGUCGGUGAAGAGGGGAAGUUUGCCCGAGCAGCCAAACACAGCUGCAAGCAUUGCUGCUACACCGCGCAGAGCUUCAGACCAGCCUCACAGCCUGCUGGCAAAGCGAGUGGGCCUGGAGGAGAGAGCUCACACCAUCGGUCACACAGGAAGACGCAGCCCCAUCAGCUCUGCUUGUCCUCCCCAUCGCUCAGCUGAAACCAUGCCUCUGCCUCAGAGGUCAUCCAUUGUGCAGGUGAAGGCGCUGUAUGACUUUGUCGCCGAGGAAGACGACGAGCUCGGCUUCUCUGCCGGAGACAUCAUCGAAGUGCUGGAUCGCUCAGACACUUCGUGGUGGACAGGGAAACUACGGGGGAAAAGCGGGUUGUUUCCUGCCAACUACACAAUCCAGCUGUGAGAAAACACCCCAGGCGA